UCAAUAUCGUGUUAUUACACCCAAGUUACAGCUCGGUAUUGGAGUACUGUAUUAAACCGAUCAGGAAUUCUUAUGCGGCAUGACCAUCGUCGGCGGCAAUGUUGUGACCGAGGGAAGGAGAGACAUGGCACCUGUACGGGCGUGCUGCUGCAUCACCAAAUCCAUGCAGACCAGCGCCGCCAUCGCUUCGACGAUGGGCACCGCGCGCGGGACGACACACGGAUCAUGUCGCCCUCUCGCAGCGAGCUCACCCGACGACCCAUCGUAGCGCACCGUGCUCUGCGCCUGGGUGAUCGUUGCCGGUGGCUUGAAGCCGACCCGGAAGUAGACUGGCUCGGCAUUGGAAAUUCCGCCCUGGAUUCCGCCGCUUCGGUUGGAAAGCGUGCCCAGCGAUCCAUUGCUCCUCUUGAUGAAGGCGUCAUUGUGCCGAGAACCAGGGAUACAGGUUCCGGCGAAUCCCGAGCCUAUCUCGAACCCUUUUGUGGCAGGAAUGGACAGCAUCGCAUGCGCAAGCAGUGCCUCAAACUUGUCGAAGACAGGUUCACCCAAUCCCGCAGGCAGACCGCGGAUGACACAAGUCACCGUCCCGCCUAUUGAAUCGGAGGCGUCCUUGGCACGGAUGAUACGCUAAUCGGGGGUCAGAACCUGCUCAUGAACGCGAUCGAUCCAUGCAAACCUGCUUCAUGCGUUCCGCCGUGGGGGCAUCGGGGCAGCGCGUCGGAUGCUUGUCGACAAUCUCCCGGGUGAUGCUCGACAGCAAUUCGUGGAAAUCGGCAUUCACGACGUCAGCCACGGUAUCAUCCUCCUCAUCCUGGAAACCGGUCCACGGCGAGAGGUUCGGUGGCAACUGCACCUUUCCGACGGAAGUGACAAAGGCCACGAUUUCGAUCCCGUAAGCUGUUUUCAGAUACUUUUCAGCGAUGGCACCGGCGGCAACGCGGCCUGCGGGAAGUUUGAGACCAUCGGGAAUAGCAGAUCGGACGCCGCACCUAUGGUUUCCCGCGCACUACUCCGUCCCCCGCCGCUGCUAGCCUUCACCCCAUACUUCUCCAGGUAGGUGUAAUCCGCGUGACUCGGCCUGGGGUACAAGUCCGUCUCUGAAUAGUCGUGCGGUCGCUGGUCCUCAUUGCGCACUAGCAGCGCGAUCGGCGUGCCCAGCGUCACACCGUGUUCUAGGCCAGACUGAAGCUGCACCACGUCCUUCUCAUUGCGAGGCGUGGUGAGAUCGCUUUGCCCCGGGCGUCGGCGUGUCAUCUGAGGCUGGAUAUCUGCGGCACUCAGCUCCAGACCCUGACUUCACGUUAGAAUGCGACAUCCCGCCGUUGGUGUAAGCAAUACCGGUGGGCACCCGUCGAUGAUGGCCCCGACGGAUGCACAGUGGCUCUCGCCAUAGGUCGUAACACGGAAGAGGGUACCGAAGGUAGACAUUUCGUUGGUGUGAUGGGAUGGCCAAGCGGUCCGUUCAGCUGAUAGACAGAUGGCGGUUGUUUAGAGAUAAGAGAGUUGAUGAGACUUUAUCAGGAUCUUUUGAACAGAGCACCGAUGAGAGUGUGGAUAAUCCGCUUUGCGGUCGCAAAAGUCAACUGUGACUCGGGCAAAGGAAAAACACACUCGCCUCAAUUGGCGUCCGAACAAGCCGAUCCGAUCACGGCCGAAGCCCAAUAGCUAACGUGACCGUGCAUCAGGCGCGCCUCUCAUUUCCGGAUUGCUCUAAUGGCUCGCAUCGACACGGUCGAUAACGAUGAACCCGUGAAUGUAGUCUCUCAAGCACUGCAACAAGCAGAUGAAUUCAAGACACAGGGCAACGACCACUUUCGAGCAAAAGCAUGGAGCAGCGCAUUAUCCUGUUAUCAGUCGGGGCUGGAGGCCCUACCACGACGACCAGAGAAGCCGGAGAAAGCAGACGCACACGCCGACGUGGAUGACGAUGAGAACGACCCUCCUACUACGCAAGAGCCAACUCAACCGGAACCUCCCACACCAGAAGAACUAGAGUACGCCAAGGCGCGAUCGGUGCUAAACUCCAACAUCGGAGCCUGCUACUUGAAGCUCGGCGACCACAAAGCGGUAGUCGACGCUUGCACGCAAGCUCUUCUGGACGAUCCCAACUACGUCAAAGCACUUCAACGACGAGCAGCAUCGAACGAGACGCUCGAUACAUGGAGUUCGCUCACUGCUGCGAUGGAAGACUACACCACUCUCCUCAAGAUCUUGCCGCCCUCCUCUGCACUCAUCAAAGAGAUUGAGCGAAGCCAGGCUGUGCUAAAGCCCAGGCAUGAAGCAGCACAGAAGCGAGAGACGGACGAGAUGAUGGGCAAGCUGAAGGGAAUCGGGAAUAGCAUUCUGGGGAACUUCGGACUCUCCACCGACAACUUCCAGUUCGUUCCAAACGGUCAAGGGGGUUAUUCAAUGAACUUCCAGAGAUGACGGCGACCGCCUCUCCGUACAUCGAAUCCGCCGCGCUGUAAUCUACUCGAUAUAGUUGGUUUCGUUCCUGAAGAUAGUGAAUUUUGAAAGAGGCAGGACCUGGCCAACGAUCACAACGAGCCCUCUCUUGAAGCACAAAUUGAACUCACCCGAGCGAUUAUUUUCCCCCGGAGCAGUCCCAUGGCGACCGGCCCAUAGUCCCUCGAGUCUCGGGAGUACGCAGCGUUGUCCCCCAUGAUCCACCAAUGCCCCUUCGGCACGACGACAUGCUCGGUGGACGGCGCCUUCUCCCCCGUGGGGUCAACGCAGAUGACGUCGCCCGGCAGCCCGAUGACCCUCUUGCAGAUGAAGCGGCGGGGCGUGAUGGGUGACUCGAGAACGACGAGGUCCCCGCGGCGGAUGUUUCUUGCGCUCGUCACGAUUUGCAUAGAGAAGUCGCCCGAGUUGGCGAACGUAGGUAGCAUGGACGGUCCGAACAUCUGCAAACGUUAUUGAAUUUCAGACUGAGUGGCGGGGUGCGGGAUGAUACUUACGGGACCAAUAUACAACUUCAUAGACACCAGAUGCAGGAGAGCUGCCGCAUUUCCGGUCUAAGGGUGCAACAGUCACCAUCGAGAGAUAUUUCCUCAGUAACGAGGUCGCCUACGUAGAGAACCCAAAGCCCCGCUUUCUUCAUCUCCACAUGGGUCGGGCGUCGCCACCGGCGUAAGUCCCAAAAUUUAGGAAUCCGGUUGAGCAUACAUGUAGUGGGUGGAAGAGACGAAUUUCACGGUCACGCGAUCGGCACAGACGCGCGCGUUACAGUUUAGCGUGAAUAGUUCCGAUAAGCAGAGAGCAGAAAACAGACAGACAGCCGUAUGGUAUCAAGAUUCAUAGAACUAGCAACGAGGAAAACAGAGUCCAAGACCACAGACAUAAUUUAGACCGAGAGAAAUCACUCAUCGUCCAUGUCGCUCUCCUCAGCUGCUUUGGCCUUCUUGCCUCGAGCCUUCUUCGAUGGCGGUUUCGCACUCUGACUGGCAGGUUUCUGAGGGAUAUCAGAGUGAGUCUUGGACGCUUUGGACACAAGAUCGGUACGAACCUUGCGCUUCUUGCCGGUUUCC